AGCUCCACGGCGGGGUCCUUUUGUCUUAACACCUAAAUGUACACGUUUUAAUAAUGUUCCUGAUCUUUGCUCUGCUCUUGGCAAGUAUCCAGCAGGCCCCCUGUAGGACGGAGUAAUCUGACAGGUUGAGUUUGUGUACGGAAGUGGUCAGCAGGUUGUAAGGUCAGAGGGUAAAUGCUAUCCCUCUUUCGAUUCAGAGUACACACACAGCCAUCUUGGAUCCAACGAAGAGAAGGGAAAUUGAUGCGGCGACCAAAGGCAUGUUUGGUGCUAGAAAGAAAUUUGUCGAGUUCGUCGAGGUUGUUGACAACGACUUCCCAGAUGAAAGCAUGUACUACAACCAGCCGUCGAUGUUCCCACAUCGGUCGGACAAAGACAUGCUCUCGUCUCCCUCACCAUCGUCAUCAGGGCAGCUGUCGCAGCUCGGCGCAAGUUUGUACGGCCCACAAAGUGCACUUGGUUUCUCGAUAAGGGGCAUGGGAAACAGUACGCCUCAGUUAAACAGAAAUCUAACGCAAGGCACACAGCUAUCAAGUCAUAUCACCCCCACAACGGGGGUUCCCACCAUGUCCCUCCAUACCCCCCCUUCACCAAGCAGGGGGACAUUGCCGAUGAACACGAGGAACAUGCUGAAUCACUCUCAGGUCGGUCAGAGCAUCGGAAUGGGCGGCAGGACCAACAGUAUGAGCAGCUCGGGCCUUGGCAGCCCCAACCGCAGCUCACCCAGCAUCAUCUGUAUGCCCAAACAGCAGCCAGCACGCCAGCCAUUCACCAUAAACAGCAUGUCAGGAUUUGGUAUGAACCGCAAUCAGGGUUUUGGGAUGAACAACUCAUUAUCAAACAACAUCUUCAAUGGCACAGAUGGGAGUGAAAAUGUAACGGGACUGGAUUUGUCAGACUUUCCUGCAUUAGCAGACAGGAGUCGGAGAGAAGGGACUGGAAACCCAACACCGGUGCUCAACCCACUGGCUGGACGGGCUCCUUAUGUUGGCAUGGUGACGAAGCCUUCAAACGAACAGACACAGGAUUUCUCCAUUCAUAACGAGGACUUCCCCGCACUGCCUGGCCCAAACUACAAGGACCCCUCGUUGAGCAACGAUGACAGCAAAACUGUAAGUAACUUGAACUCCACAAGCAAGAGCACAUCGAACGCAGAUGGUCCCAAGUUCCCCGGGGACAAGACGACCUCAGCACAGAACAACAACCAGAAGAAAGGGAUCCAGGUGUUGCCCGAUGGUCGGGUGACGAACAUUCCCUCAGGCAUGGUGACAGACCAAUUCGGCAUGAUAGGCCUGCUGACGUUUAUCCGAGCGGCAGAGACUGAUCCAGGAAUGGUCCAUCUGGCACUAGGAAGUGACCUCACGACAUUGGGACUCAACUUAAACUCUCCUGAAAACUUGUACCCGAAGUUUGCCUCUCCGUGGGCCUCAUCGCCGUGUCGACCUCAAGACAUCGAUUUCCAUGUUCCUUCGGAGUAUUUAACAAAUAUCCACAUAAGGGACAAGUUGGCUGCAAUUAAACUGGCGCGAUACGGUGAAGACCUGUUGUUCUACCUGUACUACAUGAAUGGUGCAGACCUGCUACAGCUUCUGGCAGCAGUGGAGCUCUUUAACCGGGACUGGAGGUACCACAAAGAGGAGCGGGUUUGGAUUACAAGAGCCCCUGGCAUGGAGCCCACGCUAAAGACCAACGCGUAUGAGAGGGGAACUUACUACUUUUUUGAUUGUCUUAACUGGAGGAAAGUAGCCAAGGAGUUUCAUCUGGAGUACGAGAAGCUGGAAGAGCGGCCUCACGUGCCAACAACAUUCAACUACAACCCAGCCCAGCAGGCCUUCUAAGGCCCAACCAGUCCAAAGGCCACAGUUGUUCCUGCAACAGCACUGCUGUCCAGAAGGGGCGCUGUGGCUCACACAGCUUGGUUUUUAUUCCUUAAGGAUUUGGCUAUAUGACUGCGGGGGUUUUUGCCACCAUCCGAACUGCCCUGCCUUUCCAAAUUACAUGCUGCCCAAAACACCAACACUUGUUCUGUUUUUAUUCUUUAUGUUCCUGCUGUAUUUUUUUGUCUUGUUUUGAGCAGGGUCUGUGUUAUGUUUACGUCUCUGAAUCUGAAGCCUGUUUGCUUGCAGAGAGGAGGACUGACCUUGUGGCACAGGACAGUGACAGAACAAGGGUUAUGCCUCACAUUCACAAGUGUUAAGAACAGAAAGAAGUCGAGGAAAGCAAAGUUGAUAUCCUCGGACGCAAGUUUAAGGUUGAAAGAAAUGCAAUGUUUAUUGUUGCACUAUAUUUAGUAAUAAAAGAACACAAAAUUUGUUUGUGCUUUUUUAUGUGAACACUCCCUGAAACUAUUUUUCCUUUUCCAUUUGUUGUGUCAGGGGGUUCAUGCAACUUUUCCACAUGCAUCCCUUUUUAUCUCCCCUUUUUUUCUUCCUUCCAUUGAAAUACCUCUGUAUUAGCACCAACAAACUGUUUUCUGUCUCAUCUUCUGUUUCCCCCUCUGUCUCUCUGUGAGUUCUGUGCCAGCUGAACAUGGACACAAAUCUGGGAGACGACUUUGGUGUCCACACAUGUGGGCGAAUCCUCACAGAUGUUGCUUCAGAGCAAACAAAACAAUUUCCAGACUUUGUUACAAUUUUGUAAGAAAUGUGUACAUUUUUUUUGUUUCUUUGCAUCACAUAAAUUAGUAUAUGUAUAUGUACGAAUGUGUAUAUAUGAUUGCUAUAUAUAUAUAUAUGUAUGUAUAUAUAUAUAUGACAUCUAUUUUGAAAGAUAUUUUGCCCUGCCUUGUACCUCGUUUUUAUGAGGUGAGCAUGGUUGCAAUAUGUGGAUGUAACAGGACAUUUCUGGAUCUGCUGGACAGGGUGUCACAUGGCACUGCGGGCACUUACAACAAAGUAAUACAACGUUUAAAUGCCAUUUAAGGAAAGGCCUGAUUCUCAGCCGAAAACACACAAGAAAGUCACACGUGGAGAUCAUCCCCCAAGUUUAGAGUCCAAAGCUAAAGAAUGGAUGUAUUUCAAUUUAAACUGUUUGAACAGCAGUGAACAGCAUUUCAUAGGAAAUGGAAAAAUGACAAUUUUAGGAGAAAAAAAAAAUCCAGACCAAUCUUGUAUUUUCUGAAGUAAAAUGCUUCUUUUCUUUGUAUUAAAGCAGAAAAGGCUUUCCUGAA